GUCCCUGUUGUCCUUUAACAGAGUUGGUUAAAGUCAGAGUUUGGCUUACUUCUUUGACUGGUUUCAUUGAUUAAAUUGUUUUUAUUUAAAUUAUUUCAUCUAAUUAUCAAAUUAAUCAAUGGCUGAAUCAUCUAAGAAUCCAGUGGUAACUUGGUGGCGAACAUUUAAUUGUUAUCCACCCGAAUACAACCGUGCUAUUCAUGGACCUUAUGAUCCACGGAUUAAUUAUGCUUGCAAAGAUAAAGGUAUCUUGGAUGUCAAGUUGAAUGAAUUACCUUCAUGGUUGAUGCGACGACGAUUCACCCCUAGUGCUAUAGCUGGUGUUAUGUCUCGACAUUUCUAUCGAUCUUGUCAUCAUCAUUUUAUUGCUGUCCGAAGUAGAUCAAACAUGUUCUUUACUGUACUCUUGAUUACAGCUGCUAUGGGUUAUGUUUUCCAGUUGCAUAACAUGAGUCAUCACAGACGUUAUAAGUACCAUUGGUAAACAAUAUUUACGAUUCAUCAUUACAAUUCCGAUGGAAAUUUGUCGAGAAGAAUCCAAGUCAAGUGUCUACCAUCUUAAAACUUUAGCUUCUUCUCUCCAUAGAAAAUCUAUUAUUAUUGAUGUAGUAAUGUGUUUACACUGUUAGCAAUUAAAAUUUCUGAAUUGUAAAAUUUAA